GCAACAAUAAGGAUGCUGGCUGCCGGAAAAACCACAAAAAGAAGAGGAAGAUGAGAAGAUGGCGCAGGCUGUGUUCGAAGUCUUGGAAGGAAUGGACAACCAAACUGUUUUGGCAGUUCAGUCUUUGUUGGAUGGCCAAGGUGGCAUUGCAGAUCCAAACACCCAAAGUGCACCAAGUACUACCUCCAUCCAAACAAUGGAUGAUGAUGAUGUCUUCCUUUGUGGAAAAUGUAAGAAGCAGUUCAACUCUCUACCAACGUUCAUGAUCCAUAAGCGAGAACAGUGCCAAUCAUCACUGGCCUCUGUAUCACUGGCUUCCACCAUCUCCUAUGCAGCUGUCUCAUCUGUCAGCUCUGUCCCACAUAUUGCAGCCAACAGACAAGUCUCUACAUACAUAACUGUUCCUCAGUCCCCUAUUACACACACUUUCGUCCAAGGGAAUGUUCUAGUGAGUGAUGAAGUUCUUUUAUCGGCUAUAUCAGCCUUUACAUCAAUGGAUCCACCCAUGUCCACGACACAGAACCCCACACAGAACACUCUAAAUAUGCAUGCAGGUGGAUCAUACCUUCAGCACCAACAGCAGCCAACAAAUUUGCUUCCUUCCAACCAAACCCAGACAGCAUCUUCCCAGAUGCCAUGUAACAAUGGCAACUCAGUUGUCCAGGUGUACAGUGCCUUGUCACCAGUAGUAGGGGGAAGCGGUGGUGAAGCUCAUGCCAUGGGACAACAGUCUUUCCCUCCCACUCAGGUCCCAAGCCAGUGUGUGGAGAGUCAAGGCUUUACAUCACCUCCAGUUUACAGUUUUGGGAAACAGGCGUCAAAAACAUGCAUCACUACAAACUUGUCUGAUUUGUGUAAAUAUGAGAAAGUCAUUAUCCCCAAACGAUCUAGAAGGACCAAGAAAGACCAGCAAGAGCAAGUAAAGGGGAAGAUUCAGAGGCUGAAAUGUGAUUUCUGUGAAAAAGUCUUCACUAAAAAUUUUGAUCUCCAGCAACACAUUCGAAGUCAUACAGGUGAGAAGCCCUUUCAGUGUAUUGUUUGUGGCCGUGCAUUUGCACAGAAGUCCAAUGUGAAGAAGCAUAUGCAAACACAUAAGGUUUGGCCCAGUGGCACAGGUAGCACAGGCUCCCGGCUUCCAAUUGCCAUUAAGGUGGUACCCCUUUGCGGCAACCAAAACCAAGAACAGUCUGAGCAAGAGGAUGAUGAACAAACUGGACAAUCAGAAUGUUUUGUUGAGACUGCUAAGACCCACUGUGAAGGGCAUCUUGAAGUGGAUCCUGGGGGUGGACAUAAACCAGAACCCCAGGUUAGGAACAAACAGAUCAUUGUCAUUGACAGCUCUUACCAGUGCCAGUUCUGCAUGGGGAAGUUCAGCACUUACUUUCGCCUGAAGUCCCAUAUGACUCAACACAAAAAUGAACAGGUAUACAAAUGUGUGGUGAAAGUUUGCUCUCAGACGUUUCAGAAGCUUGACUUGUUUCUGGAACAUAUUCGCACACACCAGGAUCACCUCACUUACCGUUGCCACCUUUGUAGUAAGGUGUUUUCCACAUUGUUUGAACUGGGAGUGCACCAGUACUCUCAUAACCUCUGCCCUCAGAGGAACCAACGCAAAGAACUGACUUUAUACAGGUGUAUUAAAUGCCAGAGUAAAUAUUCAACACAGGAGUCACUGGAGCAGCAUCUUUUAACGGCCUGUCAUAAUUUCCCCUGUCCACAUUGCCAUAAGGUGUUCCCCUCUGAAAGGUACUUCCGAAGGCAUCUUUCUACGCAUGGAAUUGGUGGGACGUUCAAGUGUAAAACCUGUAGAAAAUACUUCAGAACAGAACACUACCUCAAACUACACUCUCUAAUUCACUCAGGAGAAAAACCAUAUAAAUGUUCAGUCUGUGAGGCCACCUUUAACAGGAAGGACAAAGUGAAGAGGCACAUGGUCAUUCACGAGCCCAAUAAGAAAUACAAAUGCCCAUUCAGGAAUCAUGUUGGCUGCAGUAAAGAGUUCAAUAGAGCCGACAAGCUGAAGGCUCAUAUAUUGUCUCACUCUGGGAUUAAGCCCUUUAAAUGUAAUUUCUGUCAGAAGUCCUUCAGCCGCCGAGCCCACCUGAUUGAGCACCAAUGUUCACACAAUGACAAUUACCGCUUCCGUUGCUCUACAUGCAAUAAAGGAUUUACAAGACAGAAGUACUUCAGUGACCACAAUUGCCCUUUUCUGACUAAAAAUAAUUCAGAUGAAAAACUUAAAGACAGGAGUCUCAACAAAAGGACGUUGGUCCCAAGUUGGAAGACUGAAGGUCAAACUGAGAUGGUGAAUUUAGUGACAGAAGAUCACAGACAACACAAAAAACUACAAGAAAUCUUCGACAGUAAAGAUGCUCACAGCAUCAUCAGAACCAUGCCAGUCAAAAGCACAGGGAAGAAAAACAAGGGUAAGGAACAUACAGAAUGUACAGAGGAACAUAUGUGUGAAGUGGGAACGGGAUCACUAUUGUUGACACCUAUAUUUACAGAGAGUGUUGAUUGAAAUUUUUUGGAUAUCCAUACUCAUACAAUGUGACAUACCAGUGUCACAGUUUGCAAUUUAUGGAAAGGACCAUGUCAGUCUAUUUUGCAUUUUUAUAUAGUUUUGAUCAUAUAAACUCAGUUUACAUAGCAUGUUAUGUCACAUGCUGCAAAAAACUGCUUAUCUAAUCAAAUCUAACCAAGUGUUAUUAGUCGUAUAUCAAGAUCAAAUCUAUAAUUCAAGAUCAAGAUCAAAUCUAUAAUAAUUUGACUUAAUUUAAGAAGAGUUGGACGUUGGAUUUCAAGACGUCUCAUCCUGAAAACAAGCAAAUUUGUCUGGCAGUGCGUUAAGCAAAAAAGUCUUACUAAAUUAGGUCAAAAUGAUCUUUUAACAGAAUGCUAGGUAAGUCUCUUCAUACUGAAAACAAUCCCAAAUAGAUUGUUUGAUCUUAAUAUACAGUAAGAUAUACAAGAAUAACACUUGGUUAGAUUUUAUUUUUUGCACUGUAGAAAGAGAUGGUAUCACUGCAAAACAUUUGGUACAGUAUUGCAGUCCAGAGUCUUUGUUGCACAGACUGCACUACUUUCACAGUUGGUGCUUUCAUUAUUCCAUGUUCUUUGUAGACAAAACUAUAGAUCCAUUUAUUUAUUUAUAAACCAUAAUUUAUUUCUGCAUUUAUUAAUUUAUCCUAAAGUCAUCUUUGGGCCUCCAUCCUCCAUUCAGUAACAUUAGUGCUGCGCCAACUGCAGCUCUCAUUUGGACCAUUUCCAUGUUGUUACAUAGUCAAUAUAUAACCAUUGGAAUGCCCAAUCAUCAUUGGAAACAAACUUCACGUUUUGGUCUACUGUAGGUAUGAGUUCGACUUUGGUAUGGAUUUUAAGCCAUAGGGAUUUAUACUGUUUCUUCACAAUUAGUUGAAAAUGCUUAGUGUUGUCAUGUAAGGACUCUGUUUAUGUUACACAGCACAUGUAAUGACAUUUUGAGUCUGUUUACAGGCAUAAAGGCACAGUUUAAGUGGCCCCCAUAGCUUUGUAGCCACUUGGCUGCACUGGCCGCUAGCAGGCUUACUCGCAUUAGGUAGUACAGAUUCUUUUCAUUUUUUUUCUUACUGACAGUACUCACUGACCUCAAGCAGGGUUCUACUGUAUGUUAAAAAUGGAAUUCUCCUUUAAAGGCUCAGGAAACCAAUAUCUCAUUAUAAAUUGUUCAUUGUAAUAUUGAGAUCCUGGAUUAUUUCACUUUAUGCGCAUUGAAUCCGGAAUGGACUAUGAAAGUUUCAGUUUUUGAAAUAAAUUAUGGGAAAAAAACUUUUCCACAAUAUUCAAAUUACACUGUCUGUUGUUCAAACAAAACUGGUUAUAUGUUUGGUCAAUUUUAUAUUAAAUAGUUCACUUUAAGUGUAUGAUGUUUAUGUUUUUGGUUGUUUUGUUGUUUAGGUCAGCACAAUUCUCAUUAUUCCAUUAGACAAUCAUGCUGUGUGAGCCUUUCACACUCGCAGGUGCGUUGAUGAAAAGCAGAAAGCAGAUGCAGAAACUACUGUAAAAUAAAAACAUCUUUGUUUCUAUGGGU